AUGUUUACUUUAAUGCAUACUUUGGCAACUGAGUUUAUUCUGCUGGGACUAACCACCCAAGCAAAGCUGCAGCCCAUCCAUUUUGUGGUGUUUCUCCUGAUUUAUUUCAUCACCCUGACCGGGAACUUUGGGAUGAUUUUACUAAUCAGAUUCACACCCUGGCUGCAAACACCCAUGUAUUUUUUCCUUACCCAUUUAGCAUAUGUGGAUGUUUUUUAUUCAACUAAUGUCUCUCCUCAGAUGCUUGUUAAUUUCUUAUCUGAAAAGAAGACCAUUUCUUACAUUGGAUGUCUGGCCCAGUAUUUUAUUUUUGUGACUCUGCUCCUUACUGAGUAUUACAUGCUUGGUGCCAUGGCUUAUGACCGGUACAUGCCAAUUUGUAACCCCUUACAUUACAACAGCAAAAUGUCCAGGCCAGUUUGCAUCUGCCUGGUCACUUUUCCCUACCUCUGGGGCUCUAGGGUAGGAACAAUGCAGGUAAUAUUGACUUCUCGCUUGUCCUUUUGUGGACCUAACACCAUCAACCAUUUCUACUGUGCUGACCCACCGCUGUUAAUGCUGACAUGUUCUGACACUUACUUAAAGCAAACUGCCUUGUUUGUUUCCGCAGGGAUCAAUCUCACAGGUUCCCUGCUCAUUAUCCUCACCUCCUAUAUUUUCAUCUUCAUCACCAUUUUGAGGAUCUGUUCCAGUGAAGGACAACGCAAAGCCUUCUCCACCUGUGGCUCUCACCUGACAGCGGUCGCUAUGUUUUAUGGCUCCCUCUUCUGUAUAUAUCUGAGACCAGCAAAUGAGCAGUCUGUUGAGCAAGGGAAAAUUGUGUCAGUGUUUUGUAUUUUUGUGAGUCCCAUGCUGAAUCCAUUCAUCUACAGCCUGAGAAACAAUGAUGUAAAACAAGCUUUGAGAUAA